AAGAAAACUGGUCGUGCGAGAGUUUUCAAGGCAAACCGUGUGAUAAUUUUUAACUUUUCUCCGUAAAUCCGGUCAAUUUGUACUGCAAAAACAUUCCAAACCUUACGGCAGUCUUCGCGGCGGUAGUUUAGCGUAUUUUGGUGCCGAUUUCGGUCUUGGGAGGUGGUUGAAACUUUGAUUUGAGUGAGAAGGUGGGUCGUGUUUUUUUCGUGGGAGCAAGAUUUUUUUUUGUUUCGUCAAAGGAAAGGAUUCAGCAGCAGACGACGAUGGGAGCAGCUCCAGCAAAAACUGACAUCGAUGCAAUCUUCAAUCGACUGCGCUCGAUACCCACAAACAAGUGUUGUUUCGAUUGUGGGGCGAAAAAUCCGACAUGGUCCUCCGUGACGUACGGGGUGUUCAUCUGCAUCGACUGCUCGGCCGUCCACCGCAGCCUGGGUGUCCACCUGACGUUUGUCCGCUCGACGAAUCUGGACACUAAUUGGACCUGGAUGCAGAUUCGUCAUAUGCAGGUCGGCGGCAAUGCCAAGGCGGCCCAGUUCUUCCGUCAGCACAACUGCAACACGACCGAUGCCCAGCAAAAGUACAACUCCCGGGCGGCCCAGCUGUACAAGGACAAGCUGUUCCAUCUGUCCGAGCAGGCGCUUCAGCUGUACGGAACUACGCCCCACAUCGAUAGCGUGCACGAGCCGAGCUCCGCCGAGAGCAACAAACCGGAGGAGGUGGACUUUUUCGCCGACUGCGACAACUUCGAGACACCGGCGGUGACCACCGACAGCCACAACAACAUUCUUAAGGAUGAUAUUCCAAAGCUGGCCAGCUUGAGCAACACUGAAGCGACCGAGCAUGCCCAAGGUCCGAGCGUUGAUUUUCUCAACUCGACGAUGCCGGUGGAGCCGCCCAAGUCGACGAUUGGGGUGCGGAAGAUUCAGCCGAAGAAGGCUGGACUUGGAGGGAAGAAGGGUGGUUUGGGGGCGACCCGCGUCAAGACCAACUUCGCCGAGAUUGAGGAGAAGGCCAACCUGGCCGAGAAGCUCAAGAUGUCGUCGGUGCCCGUUCCGGAGAAGCCCGUCAGCGAGGAGGACCAAGCGCAGGCCCUGGCCAGUGUGCGGCUUGCCUACCAGGAUCUGUCCAUCAAGCAGCACAAGGAAGAGGAAAAGCUAAAGGCCACCGAUCCGAACAAGGCCAAACAGAUGGAGCGCCUCGGUAUGGGCUUCGGAUCGCGCGCCGGUGUGUCACAUUCCGCCAUGACCGAAAUGAAAACGCUGAACCAGGACUCGUCAUCGUCGUCGUCGUCCGCGUACGACAAGAAGGGCUCGUCGGUGUUGCUUUCGAAGGCGUUCGAGCCGAGCAGCGACUUUUUCGACGAGUACGCCACUUCGAUGUACGGCAGCAGCAGCAGCAACAGCAACAACAACAAGAACUCGACGUCCGGUUCUUCCAUGAAAGACUACACCGAUGCCACCCUGAUGGGCUUCGAGACGAUCGAACCGUUCGACACGAAGCACAACAUCCAGAGCAUGUUCUCGGCCGGUUCCAGCGCCAAGAACUCCAGCAUCAGCGAUCAACCAACCUACAGCCGGAACGCCAACAAGAAGUCAACCAGCGGAGGAGGCGAUUACGAAAACUCGGACGCGGCCCAGAAGAAGUUUGGCACCGCCAAGGGCAUCUCGUCCGAUCAGUACUUUGGCGACGAGAGCUCCUCGUUCGAGCGGUCCGCCAACCUGGCCAAGUUCCAGGGCUCGAACAGCAUCUCGUCGGCGGACUACUUUGGCCAUGGCAGCGGUAGCACCGGUGGUGGUGGUGGCGGCGGCGCCGGAAGAAAUCGCGGACCGAAUCUACAGUACAACGGGCCGGAUUUGGACGACGUGAAAGAGAGCGUACGAAACGGGGUCACCAAGGUUGCUGGCCGCUUGAGCAAUUUGGCCAACGAUGUCAUGUCUUCGAUUCAGGAUAAGUACGGUUAUUAGUGGAUUGUGAGCCUUUUUUAUCGUCAGAUGGAAUAUUUUUAAUUUUAAUUUUAUACAAAAGAAAAGUUUAGUGCAUCAGUUCAAAUAAACGUUUAGCUAUGGAAAAUCUUCCGUUAUCUUCCUGCGAAAAUCUUGUUUCUCUACUGUUUAGUGUUUGUAACAACAGUUGUUAUUCCUUUCUUUGUGUACAGCUUGUCCAAGUAACGUUACAGGAAUGUGCUAGUUAAAGCGUAUUAAUUUAUAUCAAUUCCACUCAAAAAAAAAAAAAAAAAAAAAAAGUCCAACAACCCAAAUAAUUAGAACACCAUUUACACAUCUGGCAUUCAACCACUUCAUACCGUACUCUAAUACUUAUGAAACCUGAUGAAAAAUCAACUACAAUCAUGCGAACCGUUUGUAUUAAAAGCGAUUAUUAGGCAAAUUUCCCUUGAAACUUUAAGAAUCACCCCCCGAGACAGAAACAAAAAGAAAAAAUACUUUAAAUACUAUUGAAAAACAAAAAUGACUAAACUAGGGGCUCAGUGUGUACCAGGUAGAAACACUCGUUAAAAAACAAAAAACAAAACAACAACAUUACCGUGUCGUAGUGAAAUGGUGGGACACGAAAGGGCACGGAAUGCGUGCUGGCGUGCCGUAGGUGAAUCUAUCUAUAGAAGCAAACAUAUAUUACACACACACCCACACUAAGAAAAUCUUGUUCUACACUCGACAGAUCGCGCGGUCUCUAAAACAAACAAAAAUAAAAGUGUAUCGUGUAUUGAUUGUGGCGAAUGUAAAAGUCUAUCUAUUUGUAUAAAAAAAAAAGAAUUAUAGACCACUUGGAACGAUAAAGUAUGAAAUAUAUAUAUUCUUCUUAGUUAU